AUGUAUUCGGAGUUGAUCCUGCUCAAAGAUCACUCUCACGUUGAUAAGUCCAUAUCUGUAACCAAGGCUUUACGGAUGCCCUCCCGUGACGUAUGCGCCCGGUCACUAAGUUCCGAUUCUUUUCAGCCAACUGGUCAGUUUCGUGCGGAACUAGAAGCUUGGUUAAAGAGCGAUCUGGCCUGGCUCCACACUUACGGACGUAUCGGACAAGGCUCGUGCCCCAAUCGGCGGAUGGCUGUUUUGGCGGGCCUCGAACCUUUGUUUAUCCCACCGCCUACUCUAUAA